AUGGCCUUCCGGAUGAGCCGCUUUGUACCCGGGCCUGCCCGCUUUGUACCCAGGCCUUCACGCCUCACACCGCGGCGUCUUUUGUUCAUCACAUCUGCGGGCGUACUUUUCUGGUUCUUGUUCUUUAGCUUGACCCCAAUUACCUCGCCGCUUCCGCCUUAUACCGGACCCCAUGAGGUUGGCAUACUGGAUGUUGAGACAGAGGUCCAAAAGAGAACCAUCCAUGACGCGAUACUGAAAGCGACUGGGGAGAAGGCUUUCCAACUGGAUACGCUGGCCAUCACCUUAUAUUACCCAUCCUCUCUGCCUCUAGCGUCGCCUAGCCAGCGACCAUGGGCACGACCGUGGCUUCCUCAACCUGUCUCGCUUAUUGGCGAAGGCUAUGCUCGUCUUGCCGGAGUGUCGAAAUUAUCUUCGGUCUUCACCUUCGGUCUCUGGCUCCUUGGUUCAAGCACAGUCAUUCCAGGUGUCGUUGAUGCACCAAUCCUUUCCAGUGCUGAGCAAAUUCUGGGCGAAGAUGGUAGUGGUGCAGGCGAAUUUGGAAAGAUCAUGAGCGCAGCAGAGCAAGAACAUAAAGAGUUAAAACGAGGCGACGGUCUUGGAAGUUUGCCCUGCGUUGUCUUUACGCAUGGCAUGGCAGGAAUGAGUCAGAGUUAUGCACACUACCUGGGAAGCAUUGCAAGCCACGGCUACGUAGUCGCUGCCGUCGAACACCGUGACGGUAGCGGACCCGGUACCAUCGUCCACCAUCCUGAUGGUACGGAGCGAAAAGUCUGGCACAUGAAGCUCAAGGACCUAGAAGCCGAUCCGCCGAUGACCGACCUCGACCUCAAGGCCGCACAGCUCAACUUCCGUGAAGCUGAGAUCAGCGAAACCAUCAAACUCUUUGCGCAACUCAAUGCAGGUGACGCACCGGUCGUGAACCUCAAGCCCGACUCACCGCGGAAUGCUUUGCCUGGUUUCAAGAACCGCCUCAACCUGUCAGCAGUCACAGUCGGAGGUCACUCAUACGGCGCGACGGGGGCUAUGCAAGCACUGAAAUCUGCUGGCUCAAAGACAAUGCCUAUCAAUGGUGGUAUUGCCUUAGACCCCGGCAAGGGAUCUGGACCCCUGAACAAGGACAUCGACGUACCGAUACUGGUCAUGCAGAGCGGAGAAUGGACAGAAAAGCAGACGGCUUUCUACGACGAAGGAUGGCACUUUGAGGCCGUGAAGAAUAUCAUCGAUAACGUUAAGGAGGGGUGGUUCAUGACCUUGUUGGGUACCGCUCACCCCUCUUGUACCGAUGCGCCUCUUAUCGUUCCUUGGAUCAUGAAGAUGGUCACCGGUACGACGCUAAGUAGCAAGGUUGCUCUCAAGGAGUACAUCGACGCCUCGGUCGCCUUCUUAGAAUACCUGCGGACGGGCGAGAAGAAGGGGGUUUUGGAGAGUGGUGUCACGAACGCUGGAGGGCCUUUCACACACGAUAAACCACAUGGUAAAGUCCAGGGCCCGGACGGCGCUGACUGGGAGGUUCACACUGUUCCGAAGUCGGAGUAG